AUGGGCAAACACAUCCCUGUCGGGCCCACACCUUCCCCAUGCACCAACCACACGGCAAACAAACACACCAAUAUUCAAUUUGCUUUGCAACCAAGCAGAACUAAACAGCAGCAUGUGAUGCUUUCUGUGUUUCUGCCGCUUGCUCUCGCUGAUAUAAGUCUCGUCCGUCCUGCCGCCCUCCAUCCACUCCCUCCAUGGUCAGCUGCAGCCAUGGAAAUGAAGGCCCUCGCGGUGGGUUUGGCUCUUUGUUCUGCACUCUUGGCAGCGUGCCAUGGUUGCUCGACAGGAAAGGAGUUCAUCACAACAUUCCUUCCUAAUUACGAGGGUGUUUGUGUUGACCAGAAACUCCAAGUGGUUCUGACUGCUCAGGCCUCUGCAGCCAACGUUCACGUACAGGUGGCUUCAGUGUCCUUCUCCAGCCAUGUGACUCUCUCUGCUGGUGAAAGCCGUUGGGUUUCUCUGCCAUGUGGAUCCGAGCUGAAUAACCAGUUUGUUACUGCCAGCUCAGCGGUUCGAAUCUCAUCUAGUACUGCCAUCUCUGUGGUCUCGUUCAACCAACGCUUCGCCACAGGGGAUGGCGCGGUGGUUUCCCCAACAGAAGAGCUGGGCACUGACUACUUUGUGUACACGCCCACAGGAAGCACCCCUAACAUGGACACUCUGCUGGCUGUCGUUAAUGGCAACAGCCAGAACCAGAUCACCCUCUUCCCUGGAGCUGAUGUGGCGCUGAGAGGUGGGUCUAGGUGGCAGCGUGGGAAGGCAGUGACUGUUGACCUGGAACCCUACGCGUCCUACCUUGUACGAAGUCACACAACUUUGACAGGCACGCGGGUUCGAUCCCAGCAGCCGGUCGCUGUCCUAGCAGGACACCAGUGUCUGACGUUGGGUCACCUGUGUGAACACGUCUAUGAACAGCUCCCCCCUGUGGCCAGCCUGGGUACCCAUUACAUUGUACCCUGGACCGGCAGCUGUAAGACUACAAACUGGGCAGUGGUUGUAGCUGCUGAGGACAACACUGAGGUGACACUGCACAAGGACCAUAACUUCGAAAAACAGAAGCUGGCAACAGUUGGGAGCGCCACCUUGCAGAAACUGACCAACAAACAGCCACUGGUUGUCAAGAGCGACAAGAAAGUAAUGGUUCUGCUUCUCAGCAACAACUUACCAAAUGACCCCUUCCUAAUCACGCUGACCCCUUCCUGCAAGCUGGCCAGUGAUUGGGCGGUGGAGACGGUGAGUGGCUAUGACAACGAUGUUGCCAUCCUGUCAGAGAGGCAGGGGGCCGGCAGUGUGAAGGUGUGUGUGAAGGGACUGUGCCAAACACCGAAGUGGAGCGACUUCCUGUCGGAUAAGGGCUGGGUGUGGUCCAACGUGCCACUGGGGAAACAGCAGAGUCAUGUCACAGUGCAAGGUGACGCCCGCAUGGCAGUCUACGCCUACGGGGGAACAUACCGCCAUUCAUAUGGCAUUGCCGGAGUCUGUUCUAAUGGUGGUGCCCCCCCUCCUACACCACCCCCGGAUCCCUGUGAAAAGGUCAAAUGUCGAGUGAAGGAGCAAUGUGUGAAGGGAGUUUGCGUCCAUGUGUCUACAGCUACCUGCCGGGCAGUGGGGGACCCCCACUACAUGACCUUUGAUGGCCGACUCUUUGACUUCCAGGGAUCCUGCACUUACAUUAUGACAACAGUUGAAAAGACGGCGUCUGGCCUCGUUCCUUUCAAUGUGACGACCAAGAACGACCAUCGAGGUAACCUUCAAGUUACAUAUGUGAGGACCGUAACUGUCAGUGUUCAAGGGCAGACAAUUAUCAUCGGCAGACACAAAGGACAAGUAGAGGUGAAUGGAGAACUUCGGUACUUGCCUGUCACUUUGUUGGGUGGAAAGGUCUCUGUGGAGCAGAGUGGAAUCUAUGCUUCCCUCACCACUAACUUUGGCCUGGUUGUUAAAUAUGACUGGGACAUGAGGCUGUACAUCACGGUGCCGUCCUCCUACUAUGAACACCUGGGAGGCCUGUGUGGAAACUACAAUGGAGACGGGAAAGAUGACCUGCCCGAACCAACAGGUUCCAGUCUCUCUGCUGUGCUGAAAAUGAUCCAGGCGUGGAAGGUGGAUGACAAGUCGGACCUGUUCUGUAGUGAUAACUGUGCCGGGCGCUGUCCCCAGUGUUCCCCACAGCAGCAGACACACUUCCGCCAACCCAGUCUCUGUGGGCUUCUGAGCGACUCAAAUGGACCAUUCUCAGCCUGCCACCAACAGAUUAACCCCUCGAUGUACCUGGAUAACUGCGUCUACGACGUCUGUACCAAUAAAGGUGCAAGACAAACACUCUGUAAUAACCUGAAGAGUUAUGAAGAUGCCUGUCUGUCAGAAGGAGUGAAAGUCAGUCCUCAAUGGAGAAUGGUCACCAAAUGCCCCCUCUCUUGUCCAGCAGGUAGCCACUAUGAGGCGUGUAGCUCCUCCUGCCCGGCCUCCUGCGCGGCUCCAGACAGCGAGAAGCUGUGUAAAGGCCCCUGUGUGGAGGGAUGCCGCUGCGAUCCAGGAAUGGUGCUGAGUGGAGACAGGUAA